AUGCAACGGCUACUCGUCUGGCAUUUCGGCCCGACCCUCCUCCUCGUCACCCUGUCUCUGCUGGCUUUCUCAUCUGCCGACUCUCCCGGAUACCUCGACUAUGACGCCCUCUUUCCCCGCUACUACAGAUCCGCAUCGGACGAACUCUGCUACCACAAUGGUGUGCGCUUCACCAAUUGCGAAGCUGACCACGGCAAAGUUGUCAAGCUCGACAGCGUUUCACGCACCCAGCUGCACGAGCUUGUGGAAGCCAAAUCGUUUGCUCCCGGAUCCAUCAAAGCGGUAGUCAAUGUAAUGUUGGUGGAUCUGGAUCGAUCGCUCUCCGGUAGCGAAGCUGUCUCUGUCUCAGGACCGGACUUGAAAGGUGCAGCGGCGGCGAUGGCGCGAAACAAAUCCGGCGCGCCUUCGGGCAACGGAGUGGCGGUCAAGCAGAGCGAAUUCGAUCCAAGUGUCGCUGGCGCUGCUGCGGCGAGGAAGCUGCACGCCCCGCCUGUCACCCGAGGGGAGGAGACGUGCUACCUCGACUGGCUCAAGAGUAAAGUCUACGGCCAGGCGGAGAUAAACACCGUGCUCAACGAGCUCUACGUGCGACAUGUGGCGAUCACUCAUGUCAGUACGAAAGUGUAUGACGUCGAGAGUCCCACGGGCUGCUAUGUAAACCCUGCCGAUCCCUUGAACCGCCACAAGCGUUCGCUGGGAGAUGAGGACGGUGAUGGCGUCCGGGACGAUAUGGAGGUGUACCAUCCGGUCCUGAACACGCAUUUGCACGAUCCUUGGAAGAAGUAUAGGCAGUUCCACCAGGAACACUUGCUCGAACCGGGCGAGUUCGGUCAUCGAAAGCGCUCGAUGGGCAAUGGCUGGCUCGUGGGAGGACGACAUCAUGUCAAGCGCGGCGAGAAGAACCAGAAAACCUACGUGCCGACUUCGACAUUCGACGACGAAUCCACUUACCAAAACGGCAUACCCUCUGCGCCAGUGCAACAAGGCUCUGCCGGCGCCGGCGUAGCAGCUGCUGAAGGCGGAUUUGGCGGUUCAGCCAUCUCGAGCAAGCCUCACGGAUUCGCAGCCGGCGUCACGGGCGGUGGUUCCGCCACCCCGAUUGUCCCCAAGGACAUCCACGAGCUCACCAAGCUGCUGCUGGACCCUCAACCGCAGGUGAUCCACCUGGACAAGGUGUACGACUUCCGCGGCUCGGAGGGUGUCUGCACGGACUGUCCCGUUUGCAUCCCGGACUCGUAUGCCAAGUGUCCGGGCAAGGGACAACUGGCGGUUGACGACGGUCAGGGAUGGUGCAAGGGUCGGCCUCCGACGAAAGUGACGUAUGACAAGGCUGGGGUGACGCCGAUCCGGGUGGCGUCGAACAAGUCGAUCAUCGGCAUCUCACCCAACGCCGCAAUGCGCGGGAAAGGCCUGCGCAUCGCACACCACCAGAACAUCAUCUUGCACAACUUCCGCAUUGACGAAAUCAACCCUUCCACCAUAUGGGGCGGCGACGGCGUCAUCCUCUAUGACACGGACCUGGUCUGGAUUGACAAGCUCACCUUCUCGCACAUCGGGCGGCAGUUCAUCGUCACAGGCUACCUACCCGCCGGCCGCGUCACCAUAUCGAACUGCUUCUUCGACUGCAAGACCAAGUGGUCGGCGACAUGCGAUGACUCGCACUACUGGACUGUCCUUGGCUACGGAAAGAGCGACCGGGUGACGUUCUCGUGCAACCUGAUGCAGCACUGUUCCGGGCGUUCGCCGCGCAUUGCCAACCCGGACAAUGAGGCGGGCGACAGCGUCUGGCACGUGGUUAACAGCGUGUUCGACGGCAAUACGGGGCACUCGCUCGACAUGGGCCCCGGCAUCUCGGCGCUGAUCGAGGGCAACGUGUUUACGGAUGUCGCGCAGACCAGCCUGCACGAGUCGAGUCCUGGCCGUGCAUUUGCGCCGAGCGACAAGGGUGUGUGCAGCCAGUGCAAGGGUCCGCUGGGGAGAGACUGCCAGCCGAACGCGUACAGGAAUGCCCAGCCGGUGCCGAGCACCACGAGCGCCGCCCAGGUGCUGAAGGACGUGGCGGGCGAGACGUUGGGCGAGGCGCUCCCCCCCGGUCAGGUCGUGGCCAAGGUCGGCAAGACGGCGGGCUGCGGGGCAGGCAAGCGUGACGGUGGUCUGAAAGCGAGUAUGUGUGCAAGGAAGAAGCGCGAAUAA